CAUCGAUUACAGUUUGGUAGCUAUUCUAAUGUUUUCUCCUCCGGGAUUUCCGUUUAUGUACGUGUUUCUUUUUCGUUGAAAUUAAAUCGAAACUGCUACAUGAAUAGUGGAAUUCCUAUAUCUUAACACUUUUGAAUUAGAAGAGAAUUCCUUAAAUGAAAAAUAUGAUGUUCCAACAACUAUCUAGCAGUAGAAUACACACAUUAACAGAGAAUCCAUUAUCUGUCAGUGAAUGUAAGAAGAAAUUCGCUGCUAAACUAGGGACACAGCAUUAUUACAUCGAGGUUGUUAAUUUGGAAGAUGGCAUCAUCUAUGAAAAUGAAAGAGAAAUUCAAGGCUUGUCCACGCCAUUGCAAAUUAUGGUUGGAAAUCCAGAUAGAAAAAUUCCGUCCUACCUGGUUACCACAGAGCCAGAUAUGAUUAUGCAAGACGAAGAUGACGAAGAACCCAGACUAAAAAUGUCUUGUGGACACGCAAUAACUCCAUACAAUCUUUUUGGCUACAUGAAGAGUACCCUGAUGUGUGACGUAAAGUCAGCGGUAUGCUGCCCAACAACCGAUUGCAAUGCUGAAUGGGAUAUGCGAGAAAUCGCUAAAAAAGCUGACAUGACAGAAGACGAAAGAAUAUUCUUUGAGAGGAAAAUAUCUUUUAACUUGGUCAAUCAGGAUAAUAAUUCAACGUCAGAAUGUCCAUCAUGUGGCCAUUUCUGUCAAAGACAACAAGAUGUCCUACGCAUUCGCUGUAUCAUCUGUACUAAAAAGAAUGGAGGUGCAUUUGAUUUCUGUUGGAAUUGUAAGGCACCCUGGUUUACAGAUCAUAAAUGCAGCAACAAAGAAUUGGAAGCUUUUCAAAGAAUUUUGAAUGAUGCACCCCUCAAGAAGAUCGAUAUGUCGGAAAUAGAAGGCGUGCCUUCUAAACGAAUGUGUCCGAACUGCAGAUAUCUAAUAGAACAUUUACAGGCUUGUAAAACCAUGCAGUGUACUAAGUGUAAGACUGUAUUUUGCUUCUCUUGUCUUAAGGUUGCCGUUAAUGGCCGCCUUCCAUGCGGAAACUACAAUCAAAAGUGCACCGUAGCUCGUGUACAGAAUGUGUUUGAGGCACAGUAAAUUUCGUGUAACGUAUUUAUAUAUCAAACAUGUGUAAGAUAUUCGUCUUUAAAUGAUGCAAAAUUAUUUUUGUGAAUGUAUAUAUAAGUCGUCGAUGUAUGUGCAAUGUAUUUCAAAUCUGAAUGUGUUAUUUGAUAACGUGGCUGAAACAUUUAUGAUUUCAAUUCAUUUACUGUGGAAAAACAACGCUGGAUUUGCAAAAACAUGGUCUGAUGCUUCAAUUUGAGAAACGUGACAACACAUUAUUAUACAUAACUGUAAGACUUGUAUAUACAGCAUAUUAAAACAAUUUAUAAACUG